UUUGUACAAUUAUGAAUCCAUGUAAGUAACAAGUAAAUUUUAUUCAUAUCUGAACAUGACAUCAAGUUCCGAGUCAUCACCUGAUGAUACACCUCGUCCAUCAAAGUUUGAAGACUUUGAUUUUUUCGAUUCUGACAAAGAUGUAGGAAAUGAGAAAAAAGUAUCUAAUACAUCAAAAUGGAGCGCAAAAACAGUAAAUUCUUCUGAAAGAAAUCUGCAUGAUGAACUUCAUGGCAGUGGCAUGAAGAAUGAUCAAGUUGGUAUGGGUGACCCUCAUAAAAGUCAUGAUUUUUCUGAAUCUGAACAUAAAACAAGUAAAACUUAUACUUCAAGUACAAAGGUACAGAUCAAACAAAUUUCUCAAACGACUACCAAUUCUAAACGAAAACCUAAAGAACAGUUAACCGUCCAUGUUCCAGUUCAAGCAUCAAUGAAUAGGUAUAAUUCCUCGUCGAGUGACGACGAUUCCUCAGGUUCUGUGACAGAUGUUUCUCCCUUGCCAUCACCAGAUAUUACACCGAGACCACGUACAGUUCCCCAUGAUAAAGAAAGUUCACCAAACAAAAGAAACAAAAUGAAAAAAGAAACUAAAACGAAAUUCACAAUUAAAGAAAGUGGUGUUGAAGAUGGGGAACGUCCUCAUGCUCGUCGCGCGAAUGGAGAAACUUUAUCUGUUGAAGAUCUUUUUUAUUCUAGUGACGGCACCCCGUUAAGCAGUGGGGAGAGAGAUACUCAAGCCAUAAGAAGAAAACGAGUUCAGCGUAAAAAAAGGAGUCGCUAUGAGGAAAUUCAACAAAGGAUGGAGGCAUCAUCUCGUCAUCAUCGGAGGAGAUUAUUAGAUGUCGCAGCAGAAAAUUCUAUGGAUUUAAGUCAAUUACUGGAAGUGGUUUUAGAGAUGGAGCAAGAAGAGAAAGCCAGGAGAAUGUAUCAAAGCCACAAAGCAUCUAAAAGUGUUUUACCUCCCCCUUUGAAACCAUCUCAUAGAAAAAACAUGUCCUUCUCCAAUCAACAAGUUCGUGAUAUCGACUAUGAAAAUCAAAGAUUGCUUCAGCGUUUAGCCCAACUUAACACUCGACAACGGCCAUCUAGUGCUUCUAGUGUGAGAUCAUCUGCAUCUUCUUAUAGAAGUAAUGCAAGCACAAGUAGAAGCAACAGAAGACCAGCAACAGCAAGAAGACCAUCCCCGGCACAAGGACCAAGGGUAUAUCACUCAGCUACAAACAGGAUUCGUGACCAACAAAGGAUUGAAAGAGAGAACCUGACAAUUCUGAAAAGACUGCAAUCAACAAAAGCAACUGGCAUUCUCAAAAGGGAAAAUUUAUUACGGGAUUAUGAGAGACAAACUGGUAGACCGGUUGAACCGGGACGACAGCGCAGAAGACCGAGAUCUGGUCAAACAAGACAAGGGGAUUAUGAAAAUGGGUCUAUGCAAUUUUCGCAAAGGAAGGCAAAACCAGUUUGGCAAGAUUCUUGGUGAACAUUGACUGUUAAUCUUGUUGAAUCAAGCUUUUAAAUAAGGAUAUGUCUAGUAAUAUGGAAGUUCCCAAUUUCUUACAAAUCAAAUUACUGGUCUCAUCAUCUCCCGUUUAAUGAUCAUGAUAGAUAUUAUCAUUUUGUAUUUUUAACAUGCUGUUGACAAAGACAACAUUCAAGAUACAUUUUUUUUUUGAAAUGGCUUCGUAAACAAACCCUCUCCCAAAUGUGAAAAAUUUGCUAGAAUCAGAUUACCUGACAAGCAUGUGGUGUACAGACAAGAGGAUAAUAAUGUUAUUCAAAUAUAUUAUGUAUAAUUUCAAAUAAAGAGCAUCUUUCACUUAGUUGAUAAUACCAAUUCAAAAUCAUAGGCAGCGAUAAGUUUUAUCAUUUUUUUUGUAUAAUCAAUUGAAAAGUCUUUUUUAUUCCAAUAUUAGAGUAGAAUAAUAAACUACGUUUCACAUUUUAAUUGCUUUCGCAUUGCAUUUUUGUUUCUUCCAACUUUUAUUUCGGUAACAUGCAAUACCAAAUUAAAUGACAAGAAAAUGUCCGGGGAAUUUUCUAUUCGAUGGAUUGAUAUGUGUUUGACAAUAGUUAAAAGUGAUCUAUUUACCUAGCAAAAUGUUUUUAUACCAAUGCACUAUGACUAUAUGAAUCUGAAUAUCUACAAAAAUGCUACCGGAACAAUAUGAAAAAUUCAUGACUACAUUUUUUCUAUCCUUAAUUUUACAAAAUUCUAUUCAGGCAAUCCCCAUUAUACUGAGAGAUAUUUGGAGCUUUAUAAUGUUCAUAAUUUUGGCAGAUUCAUUGAAAUUUUCGAAGCCACCACCAGAUAAGGAGUUUACAUCCCUGAGAGCUGUAAAUAAUUUUCUGCAUGCACUGUGUAAUGGAGCAAAAGUAAUAUAUUUUAUUUGUUAUAGUGAUCUUCAUAAACUAGUUGUUUAAAUAAAACAAAAUCACAGAUUGUGAAUA